AUGUCUAGAGUCGCAAGAGCACAGUGUGCCAACUGUACGUGCUCGCCAGGCUUAUUAUCAAGAGCUAAUAGAAAGUCGUCGUUGUUUGCGAAAAAGAUCAACUUGAAUAGAAUCAAUUCGGGUUUAAAAGAUCCAAAUUCAACGUCGCGUAAAGGUUCGGUUUUCACGUUGAAUCCUCAGUCGUUAUGUUUACCCGAGGCUAAGGAAGUCAACACGACUCAGAGAUUGUUAAAGUUGAGAAACGAAAUGAAAAAGGAAGAUGUUGCCGUUUAUAUCGUGCCAAGUGAAGAUCAACAUCAAUCUGAAUACACGUCGGCUUAUGACCAAAAGAGAAGCUUCAUCAGCGGAUUUAGUGGUUCCGCCGGUGUGGCAAUAAUCACCCGAGAACUAAACAGCAUUGCUGAGGAGGAGCAAGGCACUGCUGCAUUGUCCACGGAUGGUAGAUACUUCACGCAAGCUGUUGAUGAAUUGGAUUUUAACUGGAUUUUAUUGAAACAAGGUGCCAAAGAUGAGCCAACUUGGGAAGAGUGGACUGUCAAACAAGCAGUUCAGUUGAGUUUAGAUAGUGGGCAAACCGCCAAAAUCGGGGUCGAUCCAAAACUAAUCACUUUUGAGCAAGUUGCAAAAUUUAAAAAAUUGAUUGACGGAGCGAAAAAGAAAUCGCCAAAGGCAGCAGUCGAAUUAACACCCGUUGCAAGAAACUUGGUCGAUGGCAUAUGGGAAGAGUUUGAAACUUUACCGCCAUCAACUAGAGGUGAAAUUAAACAUUUGGAUAUUGCAUUUACUGGUAAAUCAGCAAAGGAUAAGAUUGAACAGGUAAGAAAAGAAACAUUCAAGAAGGAUGAUGGCGACGAUGUCAAGGGCUUGAUAGUUACAUCAUUAGAUGAGAUUGCAUGGCUAUUGAAUUUACGUGGCCUGGAUAUCCAAUAUAACCCAGUUUUCUACUCCUAUGUCAUCUUGACUGAUGAAAAGUUGAAAUUCUAUGUUGACAAAGAAAGACUAGCUCCGGAAAUAAUUAAUGAUUUGGAAAGCAUUGGCGUUACAAUUGAACCAUACAAUGAUUUCUACAAUGCACUCAAUACAGUAUCAAAGGAGUUUUCAGUCUACGGUCACAAAUUCUCCAUUUCCAACAAUGCAAAUUGGGAAGUUGUCCGAAAUCUCAAAUGCCCAUACUCUGAAGGCGGUCUCUCGCCCAUUGAGCUUCUCAAGUCUCAAAAGAAUGAAGUUGAAUUGCAAGGUGCCAAAGUAGCACAUUUGAAAGAUGGACGCGCAUUGAUCAAAUUCUUGGCAUGGUUGGAAGAUUUGAUGACGAAACAAGAGGACAUUAUUGAUGAAGUGACAGCAGAUGAGAAACUUUUGGAAUUUAGGAAACAAGAAGACAACUUUGUCGGUUUGUCAUUUGACACAAUAAGCGCCAGUGGUGCUAAUGGUGCCGUGAUCCAUUACAAACCCAUCAAAGGCGUAGCAUCAAUGAUCAACCCCAACAAGAUUUACUUGAACGAUUCCGGCUCCCAAUUUUUGGAAGGCACAACUGACACUACCAGAACUGUGCAUUUCAACCAGCCAUCAAGUGAACAAAUUAGAAACUACACGUUGGUACUUAAGGGUAACAUUGCAUUAUCAACGUUGAAAUUCCCCGAGGGCACUACUGGUAACUUGAUCGACUCAAUCGCUAGACAAUAUCUAUGGAAAAACGGAUUGGAUUACGGACAUGGAACAUCUCACGGUGUCGGUGCAUAUUUGAAUGUGCAUGAAGGACCCAUUGGAAUCGGACCUAGACCAAAUGCAGCCAAGAAUAAACUUCAAGUGGGCAAUCUAAUUUCAAACGAGCCGGGCUUUUACAAGGAAGGCCAUUACGGCAUCAGAUUGGAAAAUGUCAUGUUUGUCAAACAAUCCGAUUACUCAUUCAACGGCAAGAGAUUUUUAGAGUUUGAGACUGUUACGAAAGUGCCCUUUUGCAGGAAGUUGAUUGAUGUUUGCUUGCUCACUGAUGACGAAUUGAAUUGGUUGAAUCGGUACCACGCGUCGAUUUGGAAGGAGUUGAAUGGGACCUUGGAAAAGAAUAGCGUGGCGUAUAAAUGGUUACGCAAGGAAACCGAACCAAUUUCUAGGUACUGA